AUGUCAACCUCCCCCCUCCACCGCUACUAUCCCCCCUCUGUCGCGCUCCCCCACUUCACAGAAAACAACACCUCAGUGAUCUCCCUAAUCGGCCAAUUCGGCUUCCUCUGGGCAGCGGUGCUGGGAAUCGCCCUGAUCACGAUUCGCAAGGUCCGCCCGACAGCGCCUACCUCCGAUCAAGUGGCAUUCGUGUGGAUGUGUCUGACGGGCUUCGUCCACCUCUUCUUCGAAUCGUACUUCGUCAUCCACCAUGUCUCCCUCGCCGGAUCGCAGGAGCUCUUCGGCCAGCUCUGGAAGGAAUACUCCCUCUCUGACUCGCGGUACUUGACUUCGGAUUCGUUCCUCGUUACGAUGGAGGCUGUCACUGCUUUCGCCUGGGGCCCCCUCUCCUUUCUAAUCGCCUGCUGCAUCGCCGUCGAGCAUCCCGCCCGGCACGCCCUGCAGCUGAUCCUGUCCGUGGGCCAAGUCUACGGCGACGUGCUCUACUACGCGACCAGCCUGUUCGAGCUUCAUUUCGAUGGGGCCGAGUUCUGUCGGCCCGAGGGGUACUACUUCUGGUUCUAUUACUUCUUUUUUAAUGCCAUUUGGAUGGUGAUUGGGUCUUAUUAUGCGGGGCAGAGUGCUGUGGAGAUUACGAGGGCGUUUAGGAUGGUGGGUGAGCUUACCAAGGGUAAGAAAGGGCAGUAA